AUGCCACCAGCGCCCCCGCCGCGCCGCCCGCCGCCGCCGCGCUGUUCCGCGCUGCUGCUGCUGCUGGCCCUGGGCGGCCGCCGGCUGCGCGCCGAGCCCGGCGACGGCGCGCAGACCUGGGCCCGCUUCGCUCGCCCUCCCGCCCCGGAGGCCGCGGGCCUCUUCCACGACACUUUCCCCGACGGCUUCCUCUGGGCCGUGGGCAGCGCCGCCUACCAGACCGAGGGCGGCUGGCGGCAGCACGGCAAGGGGGCGUCCAUCUGGGACACGUUCACCCACCAGCCCCCCGCGCCCCCGGGAGGCCCCCCGGUCGCCGGCCUGCCGUCGGGCGCCCAGACGCCGCUCCCACCGGCCACCGGGGACGUGGCCAGCGAUGGCUACAACAAUGUCUUCCGAGACACGGAGGCGCUGCGCGAGCUCGGGGUCACCCACUACCGCUUCUCCAUCUCGUGGGCGCGGGUGCUCCCCAAUGGCAGCGCGGGUGCCCCCAACCGCGAGGGGCUGCGCUACUACCGGCGCCUGCUGGAGCGGCUGCGGGAGCUGGGCGUGCAGCCCGUGGUCACCUUGUACCACUGGGACCUGCCCCAGCACCUGCAGGACGCGUACGGCGGCUGGGCCAACCGUGUCCUGGCCGACCACUUCAGGGAUUACGCCGAGCUCUGCUUCCGCCACUUCGGCGGCCAGGUCAAGUACUGGAUCACCAUCGACAACCCCUACGUGGUGGCCUGGCACGGCUACGCCACCGGGCGCCUGGCCCCUGGCGUCCGGGGCAGCCCGCGGCUCGGGUACCUGGUGGCGCACAACCUCCUCCUGGCUCAUGCCAAAAUCUGGCAUCUCUACAAUACUUCCUUCCGUCCCACUCAGGGAGGCCAGGUGUCCAUGGCGCUAAGCUCCCACUGGAUCCAGCCUCGAAGAAUGACUGACCACAACAUCAGAGAAUGUCAGAAAUCUCUCGACUUUGUACUUGGCUGGUUUGCCAAACCCAUAUUCAUCGACGGUGACUAUCCCGAGAGCAUGAAGAAUAACCUUUCAUCUGUUCUGCCUGCUUUUACUGAAUCUGAGAAAAAAUUCAUCCAGGGAACGGCGGAUUUUUUUGCUCUGUCCUUUGGACCCACCUUGAGUUUCCAGCUCUUGGACCCUCACAUGAAGUUCCGCCAGUCAGAGUCUCCCAGCCUGCGGCAGCUGCUCUCCUGGAUUGACUUUGAAUACAACCACCCUCCCAUCUUUAUCGUGGAAAAUGGCUGGUUUGUGUCCGGGACCACCAAGGGAGAUGAUGCCAAGUACAUGUAUUACCUCAAAAAGUUCAUAAUGGAAACCUUAAAAGCCAUCAGGCUGGACGGGGUGCAUGUCAUCGGGUACACGGCCUGGUCCCUCAUGGAUGGUUUCGAGUGGCACAGAGGUUACAGCAUCAGGCGUGGACUCUUCUAUGUCGACUUCCUAAGCCAGGAUAAGAAGUUGCUGCCGAAGUCUUCAGCCUUGUUCUACCAAAAGCUGAUAGAGAAAAAUGGCUUCCCUCCUUUACCUGAAAACCAGCCCCUAGAAGGGACCUUUCCCUGUGACUUUGCUUGGGGAAUUGUUGACAACUACAUUCAAGUGGACACCACUCUGUCUCAGUUUACCGACAGGAAUGUUUACCUGUGGGACGUACACCACAGCAAGAGGCUUAUUAAAGUGGACGGGGUGGUGACCAAGAAGAGGAAAUCCUACUGUGUUGACUUCGCUGCCAUCCGGCCGCAGGUGGCCUUACUGCAGGACAUGCACGUGACGCACUUUCACUUCUCCCUGGACUGGGCGCUCAUCCUGCCUCUGGGCAACCGGUCGCAGGUGAACCGCACGGUGCUGCACUACUACCGCUGCGUGGCCAGCGAGCUCGUCCGCGCCAACGUCACCCCGGUGGUGGCGCUGUGGCAGCCCGCAGCCCCGCACCAGGGGCUGCCGCGGCCCCUGGCCAGGCAGGGAGCCUGGGAGAACCCGCACACGGCGCUGGCGUUUGCGGAGUAUGCCAGGCUGUGCUUUGAGGAGCUGGGCCACCACGUCAGGUUUUGGAUCACGAUGAACGAGCCGUACACGCGGAACAUGACCUACAGCGCCGGCCACAACCUCCUGAAGGCCCACGCCCUGGCCUGGCGCCUGUACGACCAGGAGUUCAGGCAAGCCCAGAAAGGCGAAAUCUCCAUAGCCUUGCAGGCCGACUGGAUAGAGCCCGCCUGCCCUUUCUCCCAAAAGGACAAGGACGUGGCGGAGAGAGUGCUGGAAUUCGACAUCGGCUGGCUGGCCGAGCCCAUCUUCGGCUCCGGAGACUACCCACGCGUCAUGAGGGACUGGCUGACCCAGAGAAACAAUUUCCUAUUGCCUUAUUUCUCGGAAGACGAGAAAAAGCUAGUCCGGGGCACUUUUGACUUUUUGGCUUUCAGCCAUUACACCACCAUCCUUGUAGACUGGGAGAAAGAAGACCCAGUGAAAUACAACGACUACCUAGAGGUGCAAGAAAUGACCGACAUCACCUGGCUCAACUCUCCCAGUCAGGUGGCCGUGGUGCCCUGGGGGUUACGCAAAGUGCUGAACUGGCUCAGGUUCAAAUACGGAGACCUCCCCAUGUACAUCAUAGCCAACGGAAUCGAUGACAGUCUCCAGGUGGAGCAAGACAGGUUGAGGAUGUAUUAUAUACAGAAUUAUGUCAACGAGGCUCUCAAAGCCUCCAUACUGGAUGGCAUCAAUGUUUGUGGAUACUUCGCUUAUUCGUUUAAUGACCGCACGGCGCCGAAGUUUGGCCUCUAUCGUUACGCUGCAAAUCGGUUUGAGCCCAAACCGUCCAUGAAACAUUACAGGAAGAUUAUCGACAACAAUGGUUUCCCGGGCCUUGAAACUCUGGGAAGAUUUUGCCCAGAAGAAUUCGCCGUGUGUACUGAGUGUAGCUUCUUUCACACCCGGAAGUCUUUACUGGCUUUCAUAGCUUUUCUAUUUUUUGCUUUUAUUGUUUCUCUUUCUCUUAUUUUUUACUACUCAAAGAAAGGCAGAAGGAGGUACAAAUAGGUCUGAACAUUUUCGUAUUCAUUAGUUUUGAAAUAAUUAUGCACACACAUCAGCUGUUAACCAUUUGCACCUUUCAGUGUUGUAAAACUAUAAAUUUCAUACAUCUGACUUCUAGAAACCUUUUCUUUGUGGCUUAUGAAAGAAGUUUUUUUUUGUUGUUGUUGUUAGAGGUGAGGUCACUCUCUGACACUCAGGCUGGAGUGCAGUGGUGUGAU